CGGUAUGUUCUUAUUUCUUGAAUUACUUUAGAGUAUUAUGUACUCCUCCGUAUGGUGAACGGCAGAUUAUGCAUGGUAAAACUAACUUUGCCCUGGAUGUUGCGGGAGGGAAAGGGGUUUGGGAUUUGUGAUUUGUGGGGUUGGAGGCGGUGUGGCUUCUGGUUGGUCAGCCACGGAGAAUUUAAAGGAAUAACGCCACGCCGGCUUCAGUAAGGGUUGCAGAUCUACCGUGCAUCCCAGUCCACUUCGGUUCUUACUCCCCAUCUCUGCAUAAUUCGUUCAUUACGCACUCAACCCUUGUUCUUAAACAACACAAGCCUUCGUUUUGAGUUUCAGCCCUUCAGCCCUUCAUCCCUCGUCCUUCAUCCCUUAUCCUUCAUCCCUUAUCCUUCAUCCCUCAUCCAUCACCCCUCAAACCCCCUCCUCCUCGACCCCGCUUUCUCGCGUCCCCUCACUUCAGAGCCUUGGCCAACGACGACUCCAAACUUCGACACACAGCAGCACCGCACCUCCAAACGCAGCCAUGGCUACCGUCGCCCACUGCCUGUACUGCUUCGACGCCCUCGCGGCCAACCUCGAGGACCGCUCCCCCUUGGCCCUCUCCGCCAUCGAAGAAUCCUGGCCCGACUACCCCAAAGGCAGCGACGACGGGGACUCCGACGCCGAAGCCAACGACACCGAAGCCGACUCCACCUUCUCCGACACCCUCCAGCUCCCAACCCCCAGCAGCCUCUCAGCCACAACCCCCUCAGGCUCAAGCUCCUCAACCUCCCUCCUCUCCCCCACACCCCUCACCCCAUCCAGCGCCGGCACCUCCGCCCCCCCUCUCGCCCAUCCACCUCCGCACCCUCCCCCUACCACCCCAUCGGACAAUCCCUCUACCCCCGCUCCGCGCAAUCCAGCGCCCUAACCUCAACACCCCUCUUCGUAACCUGGAACAUCCUCACGCCGCCCCUCCAAUUGCGGCAACUCCGCGGCUGCAUCGGGACCUUCGAAGCGCAACCCCUCGACACGGGACUGGCGACAUACGCGCUCGCCGCCGCGCACAGCGAUAACCGCUUCAACCCCAUCGUGACGCAUGAGCUGCCCGCGCUCGAGGUGGCGGUCACGCUGUUGACGAACUUUGAGACGUGUGCCGGGCCGCUGGAUUGGGAGUUGGGUGUGCAUGGGAUUAAGAUCAGCUUUUAUCAGAAGAGUAAGAGGUAUAGUGCUACGUAUUUGCCGGAUGUGGCGGUGGAGCAGGGCUGGAAUAAGGAGGAGACGUUGGAGAGUUUGGUGAGGAAGGCGGGGUGGAGGAAGGGGGGGGUUGGAGGGAUGUGGGGGAGUUGAAGGUCGUGAGGUAUCAGGGGAGGAAGGAGAGUGUGGAGUAUGAGGAGUAUAAGCGCUGGAGUGACUGGACUGUGGCCCAGAAGUGAGGAGAGGUGAGGAGAAGUGAGGAGGAUAUGGCUACGGAUACGAGGUGCUUGGCCAUAUGAUGAGGGAUGAUACUACGAUUGGGAGGCACAGGGGGGAUAGAACAGGAUAGAACAGGUCGGCGCAUUCAUGGGUUGAUAGGCGUUAUUAAGAUAUCUCUGCCUUAUGAAACGGGGUUUUCAUUCCAUCGGCACCGUACCCGUUAGCCCACAACAGCGAUUUUGGCAUCUAUGUGGAUAUCCCACCACAUGAGGGGCUGAGAGUUUAGUCUAAUAUUCCAACUCAAACCAAUUUCACCAAGCCAACAUGUAAGCGAAGGACAUGCACAUCACCACCGAGCCCUCCGGCGCUAUUCCGGCUCUAUCAAGAUUUGCCCACCG